GCACGUUGACGAGAAAACACAAGAGGUCACAUGAUAUCUAAAAGGACACAGAGCACCCAAAGGAGCCAAGUAAUAUAACAGGAGGUACCUCUGUGACUUAGUUGACUAUGAGCAGCUAGUAUAGGGGCCUCACCAUGGACCUGUACAGAGCAGCUUUCCUCCUGGGGGCCCUGAUCAGCACUGUGAGUGGUACUGAGGUGUCUGGCUACACCAAAACGGAAGGGGCGUGGAUCCUGUCGCUGCACAAGCGAGAGUAUUCAGUAAAUACUGUGGCAGAGUGUGCCACCAAAUGUAACACUGAAACAGCCUUCACUUGCAAGUCGUUUCUAUAUAUUGAAAAGGAUCAAGAGUGUUGGACAGCAGCAGCAAACUCUAAAACAGAGUCAAUCCUGCGUAGAACCAGUGCAGCUUUAUAUGAAAACCAAGAAUACCUCCUGGAGUGCGUAAAUGGAGUAGGAAGAGAUUACAGAGGAACAAAGUCCAAAACAAAAUCAGGAAAGACAUGUCAGAGAUGGGAAGCAAAAUACCCACACAGGCCAAAUAUCACACCGCAGAGCAAACCCCUAGCCGACCUGGACUCUAACUUCUGCAGAAACCCAGAUGAAGACAGCGGGGGACCCUGGUGUUACACCACUGACCCAAACACCCGCUGGGAGCACUGUGAUGUGCCCACCUGCACUGAGGAGUGUAUACAAUGCAGCGGCGAGGACUACAGAGGAAAAAACUCCACCACUGAAAAGGGCUUCACCUGCCAACGCUGGGACUCCCAGAAACCUCACAACCACGGCUACAUGCCAAGAGCUCUUCCAGGGAAGUAUCUUGAGGAGAACUACUGCAGAAACCCUGAUGGAGACUCCAGGCCUUGGUGCUUCACCACCGACCCAUCCAAACGAUGGGACUUCUGUUCCAUUCCCCGCUGCACAUCCGAGCCUCCCACCAUGGUCCCGGAGCUGAACUGUGCCACUGGUGAAGGCAUAGCGUACCGGGGCGUGAUCGCAGUGACAGAGUCUGGCAAAACCUGCCAGAACUGGUCGGCUCAGACGCCUCACAAACACAACCGCACCCCAGAGAACUACCCCUGCAAAGGCCUAGAAAACAACUACUGUCGUAACCCCAACAACGAGAGGAUGCCCUGGUGUUACACCACUGACCCUGAUACUGCCUGGGAGUACUGCAAUGUGCCGAACUGUGGGGAAGCGCCCAGACCAGGUGACCCAGUGAUCCCACCAGAGGAGGAAGACUGUUAUGAAGGAGAUGGGUCAGGAUACCGUGGAAUAACGUCAGAAACCAUCAGUGGAAAGAAAUGUCAAAUCUGGAGCUCCAUGACCCCUCAUACCCAUCGAAAAACUCCACAGAACUACCCCGCAGCGGACCUCAGGGGGAAUCUGUGCAGGAACCCCGACGGAGACCGGGCUCCCUGGUGUUACACUACAGACCCCAGGGUCCGCUGGGAGUACUGUAACCUGGAGAAGUGCUCCGCCGCUGCUUCAGGCGUAUCACCUACCAUAACUUCUGUUUCCCAGGUCCCCUCCUCCCAGAACCCAGUCGAGAUAGACUGUAAGAUUGGAAAUGGCAUUACAUACCGGGGUCCAACCUCCAUCACCGUUCUCGGGGUGACCUGCCAGGCCUGGAGUGCUCAGAGUCCUCACCAACACAGCAGCUUCACCCCAGAAACUCACCCCACCAAGGGCCUGGAGGGCAAUAGCUGCAGAAACCCAGAUAACGAUGUGAACGGACCGUGGUGCUACACUACUGACAGGAACAAGAAAUGGGACUACUGUCAGAUCCUUGACUGUGCUGGACUGAAUUGUGGAACGCCAGUUUUUAAACCAAAGCGUUGUUUUGGUCGCAUUGUUGGAGGCUGCGAGUCUAAACCUCACUCGUGGCCCUGGCAAAUCAGCCUCCGGACUAGUAUGGGCCACCAUUUCUGUGGAGGAACUCUGAUUGACAGUAAUUGGGUCCUCACUGCUGCACACUGCCUGGAGAGGUCGAAGCGGCCUUUAGCCUACUUGGUUAUCCUGGGUGUCCACACAGAAAGAGCCAAUGAGCCGUCGAAACAGGAGAGGAGACUGGACAAACUGGUGCUGGGACCCAACGGAGCCGACAUCGCUCUGCUCAAACUGCAGAGACCUGCACUACUAAAUGACAAAGUCAUGCCAGUUUGUCUGCCGGAGAAGGACUAUAUUGUCGGCAGUGGAACAGAGUGUUAUGUGACCGGAUGGGGUGAAACUCAAGGUACGGGGGGUGACGGCGUCCUGAAGGAAGCGGGUUUCCCUGUGAUCGAGAACAAGGUCUGUAAUCGUCCGUCCUAUCUGAACGGCAGAGUCCGAAACCACGAGAUGUGUGCUGGAAACAUCGAGGGGGGGACCGACAGCUGCCAGGGCGACAGCGGUGGUCCCCUGGUGUGUUUUUCCCAGAACAGGUAUGUCCUGCAGGGUGUCACGUCCUGGGGCUUGGGAUGCGCCAAUGCCAUGAAACCCGGCGUCUACGCUCGAGUCUCCAAGUUUAUCGACUGGAUCGAGAGCACCAUCAAAGCCAAUUAAAAACCACUCACCUUGAACAGCUUCCAACGUGACAAGUCACAGAAAGCGGUUCAUUUUCCUUCUUGAAGAUAUUUUAACAUGUAUGUACUGGUCUGCUCCGACGUGACUACUUAUGUUUGGUGUCUGCUAUUAUCUUAUCUUAGGUUAACAGUGUGUUCCUCUAUCGCCGGGCUACAGUUAAGAGAGCACAAUGAGCAGAGCAUAUAUUACUGGUUUUAGGAUGUAUAGGUGUGUUUGCUGUAAGAGCAGAAAAAUAAAACUUAGAAAGGGAAAGGGGAGGUCACGCUUUACAGGAAAUGUAUACAAAACCUAGUUCCUUGUUUUUAGCAGAGUUCAACGUAUUGUAAAAUCUAUCUACGUACGCAUGCACGUACGAAAAGAUGAUCACACACUUAUCGUUUCCUUAUGCUUGUCAGGUCUGAUUUUCUCCAUUUGUCAGUUCUCCAACGGAUUCUCCUUUUUCCUGGGAGCAAAAAAAAACAACUUAUUCCUUUAAUAGUAAAUAGAAUCUUUAUCACACUUGUAACUUGUCAGUGAACAAAUGAAUGGACAUGUGAUGUGUAAAUUGACUCCAGAAUUAGCCACCGAUUAUUUUAUAAAAUGACACCUAUAAUUUACUGCUUUAAUAUGUUACUUGUUCUUACUUUUAAAUGCUACUUGUUUUUGGUUUUGUUCCAAACUUAUUCUUCACUCGAGUAUUUCUAUCUUCUGUUACUCCCCUCGUGUGCAGAAAUCUUAAACAGUUUUACCAAGCAACAUUUAUUUAUCAGCCUACAUACAAGGAAAUAUAAUCAUCCUAUAUAAUCUAUGGCUAUAGAUGAGACUAUCCAACACCGCACUAGUUCAAAAUGAAAUUUAUUUCACUUUGAUCAAAUCAUAAAUAGAAAUGUCGCCUACAUGUUAAUGCAUCAUUAAUAAUAAUCCAAUAAUAUAAUACAUAUAAUAUUCUAACUCUCUGAAAGGGGCCAUUCUGCA